UUCAAGUGAUUUUUUAAAAUUUAUCUAAUAAUAAUUAUUAUAUUAAAAAAGAAAAUCUAAUGAAAGUGUCGACAAAAAUGCGUAUUUUGUGUUUCUUACUAACUUUUUUGACUGUUUAUGGACAGUCAGAAGAAGGAUUUGAUCAAACGUCAAUUUAUUACACUGAACCGAUUUUCAUCAAUAUCAGUUCCAAUAACGAUGUUACGGAAUUACACGGUGGCCACAUUGUUCAGGGUCAACGAUUAUUGGAAAGAUCAAAGAGUCCUUAUCUGGUGCGAGAAGAUUUGUUCGUGGAACGUGAGGGCGAACUCGUGAUAGAAUCAGGGGUAGAAAUCCGAUUUGGUCCUAUGAUCGGAAUCACGGUUCGUGGUAUCAUAACUGCAAAGGGAGAACCACAAGCACCAAUUGUAUUAACUGCAGCAGAAACGAAUAAAGUUCAUCCCGUCGAAUCACCACUUUUGGUACGAUUAGUCGAUGGAUCAACUCCAUUUGAAGGUAGACUGGAACUUUUUCAUCGUGGUGAUUGGAGAGCUAUAUGUACGAAUUCUCGGAAUUGGACCAGAGCUGAUUUAGAAACGGCAUGCAGACAGCUAGGUUUUCAAGGUGGAAGAUGGUGGUCGUGGUUGGACCGACAAUGGCCUGCAAAGCCACGAUUACUUUAUGAACAACCAGAUUGCCGAGGCACGGAGAUGUCUUUAAUGAAUUGCGAGAAAUGGCCCGAAAGACAACUUGGUGGCGGUGUUUGUGAUUAUCAUCCUGAUUUGGGAAUAUCUUGUCUACCUCGUCAUGAUGGAGCUACGAAGACGAUAAAACAUUGGCGAGGUAUUCGUUUUGAGGAAGCAUUAUAUACUCGACCGUUGAUCCAAGAGAAUACGCUUUAUAUACGAAAAUCAAAGUCAAUUUUACGAAACGUUGUAAUACAAUAUGCAGGAACAGGCCGAGAAUACAAUAUUAAUUCCGCAGUCGAUAUCGAAGGUGUUCCACCGCAAAUGGAAUCGAUUUCAGUUCUUCACAAUGCCUUUACAGGUAUUAAUGUUAUUAAACCCGAUGCUCCUGUCAUAAUUAACAACUGUACUGUUCAAAACAAUAGAGGAUAUGGAAUUUAUAUAAAUAGUUCAUCUGGAAUGACAUGUAUUAAUGAUUGUAAUAUAUUGGACAAUGGUGCUGAUGGAAUUAAAUACGUUAAUUUUGAUGAACGACCUGAUGAAAAAUUAGAUCGUACAGAGGUGUUCGAUUUAUGCACAUUCCCAACUACAGCUAGUCAAACCUUUCCUGUUAUAAUAUCUAUGGAACAAAGCAAAUAUGCGCCUAAUAUAAAACAUUGUCCACAACAUAUCUUCACGAGACCAGGACAUGUGUUGACUAUGUAUUUUUUGCAAAUGAAAACUGAUAGAAAUAAUAGCGCUAUGAUAGAAAUUUAUGAUGGCAUAAGUGAAACAGAAAAGUUGUUAGCCAGAAUAAAAGUGAAAAAUGGUACACUGCCUCAAAGUGUUACAACAACUAAACAGAAUUUAUAUAUAAAAUUUAUCGCUGAACCACGCACAAACACGAUUGUUUUCGUUCGUUUAUCUUCAGGCUACAAAAAAAUCUGCGAUCUUAAUGUGACUGGAAGUAUUAUAGCUGGUAAUAAUGGAAGAGGAAUCGCAAUAGAAAAAUUACGAUCAGCCCUACAUAUCCAUGAAACCUCUGUAUCUGGCAAUAAACACUUAGCUGGUGUGCAUGUAUUAGGUGGUGCCGCGGAUGUGAAUAUUACAAAUAGUCGUAUAUCUUUUAAUAUGGGAGAUGGUGUGAACAUUACACUCACAGGAGGAAAUCGCAAUAUAUCCCGGACAAGUAUUUCCUCCAAUCAAGGUUAUGGUUUUGCAGUAUGGUUAAAUGAUAGUUUAACAACAGAAUAUCUCUAUUUUAAUCAAACUACUAUAAUAGAAUAUUCACAGAUAUUUCGAAACAAAGAUAUUGGCAUUUUAGUUGGAAAUGCAACUGGUAGUUCGUAUGUGAAUGUGACGGGUAAUUGGUUCAAUAGUAGCGCUGAGACUGCAGUGCAAGUGGAAUCUAGUUGGAGACACAAUGAAGGAUUAUUGAGACUUCAAAUUGGUCACAAUUCUUUCGUACAAAAUGCAAAAUUUGGAAUCAAACUGUUUCCUGUUCUCAAUUUAAAAGCAACAAUAGAAUAUAAUCAUUUUAGAGAACAAUCUAAUGGUUGUAUAUUAAUCAAAAAUCCACUUUAUGAAGAAUUUAAUAUUCUGCCUACAGAUAUCAUUAUUAGAUAUAAUGAAUUUUAUAAUAAUCGUGGUGCUUUUGUAGUCAACAUUGGACUUUCACCCUAUAGUGAUGUACAAAAAUUAUUAUUCACUAGAAAUUUUUUACGAGAUAAUCGUGUUCGAGAACUAUUUGAUAAUGGCAAUACUAUAAGAUCCAGAUUAAUUCCGCGUUCCAGGGUUGCAGCUGCAGUUGUUGUUUCAUCAAGCAAUGUCGAAAUUUUUCGUAAUAUUUUACAUAAUCCUGAAUCACGAUAUGAAAUUGGCUCGCAUUUAGAAGAUCAAAGUAAAAUUAUUAAUUGUACUUAUAAUUGGCUUGGAUUUGCUGAAGAGAAUAAAAUAUUUGAGAGAUUAUUUCAUAGAAAAGACAGAUACAAUCUUGCUAAAAUUGAAUAUUUGCCGUACUUAUUACAUAGUAGUAAUCCAGGGGCCAAUACAAUUAUUUCAAAUCCAACAUUUGUACCACGAUUCUUGACGCCUGGUACAAAUUUAGUUGGUGGUGAAGUUGAUGGUCUUGAGUUAUUAAGUUCUGGUGAAUACAUUGUCGAACGAGAUAUCAAUGUACGACCAGGUGGAAAAUUGAUUCUUCAGCCUGGUGUCACUUUACGUUUUCCACCAGCUGUAGGCAUGAUGGUUGCUGGAUCAUUAGAUGCCCAUGGAAAACGACCAAGUGAUAUUUUAUUUACACUGAAAGAAGAAAUAAUUACGGAUUCAGCUAACGAAACUUUUAUGAACGAAGGAUUCAAUGAAAUAAAUGAAAUGGAAUUUGCAUCUGUGAGACUUCUUGGAGGAAAAACAAAUCUCGAAGGAAGAUUACAAGUAAAAAUAGGCGAAAAAUGGGGAACAGUUUGUAAUUAUGGUUGGACAAUUCGAGAUGCAGCUCUUAUCUGUCAUCAAUUAGGUUUCACUUUAGAUCCUGACAAUUGGUUUAUGGAACGUUCUCAAAUUCCAAAUGCUGGUAUCAAUGAAGACAUUAUUUUAAGUAAUGUUAGAUGUAGUGAGAAUGAUAAUGAUAUAUCAAAAUGUAAAGCGGAAACGGAGCAGAAUUUUGAAAAUUCUUGUACUCAUGAGAAUGAUGUAGGUGUCAGAUGUUCAGAAGCAGCAUGGGCCGGUAUACGACUAGGACCAUUAGCUUUGAGAAGUGAUCUCCAAUUUGUAACAAUAGAAAAAGCAGGCUUACUCGACUAUACUACUAAUUCUUUCAAACCAGCUCUUCAAAUCGAUUUUUCAAGACAUUCAUUAGAUAAUGUUCGAAUAAUUAACAAUCUACAAGAUGGUUUAGGAAUUUUAUAUUCAGAUAUAUAUUCAGCAGAUGCUGUAAAUACUGUCAGAAAUAGCGAUUUUUCACGAAAUGGAGGCAGUGGAAUUAGUUUCAAACAAUUAGGAAUGGAAAUUAUUAAUUCUCGAAUUGAAAACAAUAAAGUUGCAGGAAUAAGACAUAAUCCUGCUCUUUCUGCAGUUCAACAAAGAGAAUUCGCAGGAUGGUUUUUGCGGGUACCAGAUUUAAUUGAUUUAUCAUAUAAUCCAAUAGUUAUACCUCAUGUACAAAAUAUUGAAUUGGCUAAUGAAGAAACUAAAUAUAUAAUAACAACUAAAAUUACUGGUGAUCCUAUUCAAAAUCGUAUUGUUAUUAGAUGUACACCAGGAUACAUUAUUGGUAUUCAACUUUUAAAUCCUAUUGAAAAUCGUAGUACAGAACAAAUUAUUUUAUAUGAUUCACAAUAUGUUGAUCUUAGUCGUGAAACUUGGAAUUUAAAACGCGAUUUGGCAAUAUUUCCUGUAACAUCAACUUCUUUCGCUGUAAUUCUAGAAUAUGAUAGUGGCAUAAAUGCACUUGGAGGAGCUGUUUUUGUUAUUACGUCUCUUCAAGCUCCGAUACAGGAUAUACGAAGCAAAAUUGUAAAAGGUCCUAUUCCAACAUUGCUAGUAACUAAAUCUAAAAUAAAGAAUAACAAGAAAGGUAUAAUUGCAUCAUUUUACAAUCGAUAUUUAGAUGAAAUUGGCGAUCAUUUUCUUCGAAAAACAAAUGAAACUAUUCAAUUGGUUGCUUGUGAGAUUUCUCAUAAUCAAGAGGAAGCUAUUUAUAUAUAUUCACCCCAUUGGAAUAUUUUUCAAAAUAACAUAUCUGAAAUUGCAAUUCAUAUCAAUAAUAGUUUAAUUACGGACAAUGGUAAAGGAAUAUAUCAGUUCAGUCGUGAUGCAAGAUAUUCGAAUAAUCUCUUCCAUUGGAUAAUGCAAGAUAGCACAAUUGAAAGAAACAAAAGAGGAGGAUUUGAAAUACUUUUACCUGAUGUGUGGCAAUACAAUGAAAAUUUCACGCACACAUUAUACUUUGAUAAUAAUACUUGGCGAAACAAUGAGCAAUUUGGCUUUAUAGUUGAUGGACACUAUGCUACUUUAAAUAUUUCUUAUAAUCGAUUUGAAGGAAAUCGAUGCAAAACUGGUUUAAUCUCUAUUCAAGGAAUGGAGAAAAAAAUGAAGAUUAAUUACAAUUAUAUUGAAAAUAAUACUGGAAUAUAUAUGGUGGAAUUCAAGGCAAGUAGUCAAUCAGAAAUUUUAGGAAAUGUCGAUGCACGUUUUUAUGAGAAUGAAAUUAAACGAAAUAGUUACGAUUUAAUUGGUAUGGGCGCACGUCGAACAGACAAUAGUCCUAGUUAUGUUGUUGGUUUUCAUGGUAUACAAAAAGUACAAAUAAAUAGAAAUUUAUUUGGUGAAAAUUCUUUAGAUUAUGAAUUAUUGGCUGGUAUUAGAACAGCUAAAAUUAAUAACGAAGUCGAUGUGACGGAGAACUGGUGGGGAACUGCUAAUGAUACUAAAAUAAGACAAAGUAUUUUCGAUUUUGAUGAUUGGAAUGAUCAUGCAGUUGCUAAUUAUCGACCUUUCUUAAUCAGUGAUACUUUUGAUUCCUCAGUAUCUGCAUCCUGGCAGAUUAUAAAAGAAGUAGACUUAGAUAAUUUAGGUGGACGUAUAAUAGAAAAUCUAUCUAUUCAUGCUAGAGAUAAGCCUUACAUCGUAAAAUCAGAUAUUACAAUCAUGCCAGAAGCUACAUUACAUAUUUAUCCAGAUGUUGUUAUGGAAUUCGCUCCUAACGUUGGAAUUCUUGUUCUUGGUACAUUAAAAGCUGUAGGAGCACCUGAUCAUGAGAUCAUAAUGAAACCAAUGGACCGUGAAAAUGUUAACAAUUCGAAAAUGAACGAAAAAUUAAGAAGAAAUGGAAAAAUCAUUUCUAUGUCGGAAGAAACUAUUCGUCUUUGUAAAAAUGGACGAUGUUCUUCUUUAUAUAAUGAAGGAUUCUUGGAAUUUUUUAAUAAAACAACGUUACAGUGGAUACCUUUAUGUGACACUAGAUUUACUGAAAGAAAUGCACAAGUAGUUUGUCGACAAUUAGGCUACGAUGUACUUAAUGUUUAUGUGUCCUAUGAUCAUAGAUAUGAGCUUCAUCCUGGUUCUUUAAUACGCGUUUGGUCAUGGCCAGAACCAUUGCAGUGUACUGGAAAAGAAGAGAAAUUAGAAGACUGUCAAAUUAGAUUAAAUAGUGAGUUAUAUGGACACCGACAUGAAUGUCCAUGGGAUAGUCAAUUCAUUUUCAUAAGUUGUGGAAAACGGAAUCUAGAUAAUAUAUACGAUUAUUGGGGUGGAAUACGAAUUGCCAAUAGUGAAUUUGAACAUCAUUUAUAUGAACAUCGUAUUCACGAUGUUGUAACUCACGAAACUGUAAGACGUAUUGAAUCGACCUUAAAAUAUAUUAAUAUUAUCGGUGCUGGAAUUUUGCAUUUUGAAAAAUCAGCUGCUUUACAAACAAUCAUGAAAUCUCCGAUAAUAAUGCACGUUAAUAUUACUCAUAGCGCUUAUCAUGGAAUUAACGUAAUAUCACCGACUCACACGAUCGAAUUAUUAUUCAAUACUAUUAAUAAUGUGCUUGGAAAUGGCGUGAAUAUACUCUCAAUAACGGGAGAAGGUCGCGAAGCAGAUGAAAGUUCGUUUACGCCAAUUAAAGAUCUUAGUAUUCCUUAUCAUUUAUUUAGUAUGAUUGAUAUUUGUGAUACUACUAAAGAAAUUAUUCUGGAAGAACGAGUUAUAGUUUAUUAUAAAUAUGAUAAUCAUCCUGUGAAUUGUGUUAAAAUUUUUCGCAGUGCUUAUAGAGCAAAACCCUUUGGAUUUAGGCUUUUGCAAUUUAAUCUAUUUAACUCUACUGCAAAACCUGGCCGAACAGAUACAAUUACUUUAUAUGAUGGAGAUAUUUACAAUAUUAGUGCUAAAAUUAUAGGUCGCUUGGAAGCUAAUAGUAUUAAUGAGAAAAAAUUAUUUAGAACUCAGGGACCAAGUCUUAGUAUAAGAUUAUUUGCUAAUGGUGCAAGUCAUGUAUAUGGAUUUAUAGCAGAAGUAGUUACUUUACCAAUCUCUGCUAUUGGAUUCAAUCGUGAUGUGCAACAUAAUAUUUCUUAUUCUGUGAUAUCUAAUUGUCGUGAAGGAGCAAUUAAAUAUGCUAGCGCUGGUGAAGUAAAUGCUAUGAUGACUCUUGAAUAUAAUCAAUUCACGAAUAAUUGUGAGAAAUUAUAUGGUAAUUUUUCAACUUGCAAAUCAGCUGUAUGGUUAGAUGUUCAAAAUACACAAUCUUUAUUCUUCAGAAACAAUGCUGUUCGACAAAAUCAAGGUGGUCUUUCAAUUCGAGCUGACUCUAGAGGCUCGGCGACUUCUUUGGAAGGAUGGAUCCACAAUAAUGUUUUUGCAGAAAAUUUUAAUAAACCUGCUUUAUAUGUGGAAGGUCGUCAAAGCAGUCCUUAUCAAGAAGUUACUAUAUUUAGGAAUUAUUUUACAAAGAAUAAUGCUCCUUAUGAUAAUAAUAUUAUUUUAAAACAAAUAGUUAGCAAUAUGACUCUUAAUUAUUUGCAUGCCAAUCUUGGUGCACAUCUUUUGGAAAUUUCCGGAUUUGAUGGAGUUCGCUUACCUAUUUAUCAAAGUACAUCUCACAAUGGUUUUUAUAAAAAUUAUGCAGUGGACUCUAAUGGUCGCAGUACAAUAGUUGCUGGAACUCCUGGCCAGCAAUAUGUGGAUAAUGUUUUCUUCAAUCCAGAUAAUGAUUAUGAAAUGCUUACAACAAAUAGAUCACAGCAACUAGAAAUGUGGAGAUCUCAUAUAGAUGCACGACAUAAUUGGUGGGGAUAUAAUGAAACACUAGCUGUAGCUGGUAGAAUUAAAGAUAGAGGAGAUUCUCCAGAGUUAUUACAAGUUGAUUAUCAACCUUUUCACAUGAACAAUGAAUCCGUUUUAAAUGGUAAAUGUCCACCAGCAUGGGAUUUGGUAGGCGAUACGUGCUAUAUAUAUAUUGGUGCCCCCAUGGAUUUCUUUAGUGCUCGAGAAUUUUGUAGAUCUGUGAACGCAUCUAUGCCAUUCAUUAUGGGUAAUUAUUUGGAACUUUGGCAAUUUUUGCGAAAACAACAGAUUCAAUAUGAUUAUUCUGAUCGUGCUUGGGUACAACAGUUAGAUCGGGUAGAUCAAUGCACAACUUUCACUUAUCAAAGUAUUGAGAUUGAUUACUGUAAUCAGUUAAGUCCUUUCAUUUGUGAAAUUGAUCCUAGAGUAAAUAUCGAUCCAUUAUCCUGGAGAAAAGAUAUAAUUGUAGUGGCUGUGUUAGGAUCAGCCGGCAUAGCUUUAGUAUUAUUAACAGCAGCUAUUGCACUUUGGAUAUCUAAAUCAAAAAGAAGAAAUCUCGAAAGAUUAGAAAGACGAAAUUCAAUCAGACAAUCUUUACAUUCUUUACGAUCAGUUGGCUCUACAUCUGGAUUUACUGAACUUGCAUACCGACGCAAACCUAUUGCAACAAAACACUCUACAGACACUUUAAAUUCAAAGUCAUUAGAUUAUAGAAGAAUGUUAAAUGGCGGAAGCAUAGAUUCAAUGGAUAAAUCUCAAUUAAAUUCUUCUAUGGAAGACAAUCAAAGUUAUGAUGUAUACGAAGCACACAAUUUAAGAUAUUCUCCAAGUACAAGUGACUUCAAAAGUAAUACUCAAAAAUAUGGCGCCUCACAAAGCGCAGAAAAUCCAGUAUUCGAUUUAACUUAUCGUAAUGAAGGUUUUAGAAAUCAUUCCACAUUUACUUCAAGGAGCACCAAUGUGUGGCCUAUAGAAUCUGUUACAGAAACUACUGCUGAUGAAACUGCAGUUAUUGAUGCUAUUAACGAAAAUUCUUAUCUUAAUACUUCUACUCUUCCAUUGAAUUCUAGCCUUGCCUUGACUGAUUCAAUUAGUGAACUGAAACGUGACAUUGAAACAUCAGUAUCUUAUAGUCCAAUGGAUUAUGAUUCAAAACGCAGUUAUGAUAAUGCAACAUUAACUCCAAGUCAAACAUCAGAGCCUGUUCCAGAAUAUGCUUCAAACUUUAAUCCUCCAAUACCACCUCAUCCUUAUCAUUAUCAUGAAGAUAGACCUAGGAGUGAGGCAUUAUUAGAAACUAAUUUGGAUACUGGAGAAGAAAAACCUUUACGUUCAAAAAGUGAAGUUUUGUUAGAAACUAAUUUGGAUGUAUUCUUGGUAAAUGAGCCAACAGAAUUGACACAACUUUCAAUUGGAGCGCGAAGCAAAAGUCAGCCUUUGGAGACAGCAAUGUAA